AUGGCAGCAGCGCUCACGGAGUCGCAGGUCGCCAUCGUCAAGUCGACGGCACCGGUCCUGAAAGAGCACGGCAACACCAUCACGUCCGUCUUCUAUAAGAGCCUCAUCGCCGACCACGCGGCCCUCAGCGAUGUGUUCAACGCGUCGAGCCAGGUGAACGGCCGGCAGCCGCGGGCGCUGGCGUCGGCCGUACUCGCCUACGCGACCUACGUCGACGACCUGCCCAAGCUGGCGCACGCCGUCGAGCGCAUCGCCCACAAGCACGUGUCGCUGCAGGUGACGCCCGCCCAGUACGAUAUCGUCGGCCAGUAUCUGAUCCAGGCUAUCGGGCAGGUGCUCGGCAGCGCGGCGACGCCCGACAUCGUCGACGCCUGGACCGCCGCAUACGGCGUGCUCGCGGGCGUCUUCAUCAACCGCGAGGCCGACAUGUACCGCGCUAACGCGGCCGACCGCUUCGCCGGCUGGCGCAACUUCCGCAUCCUGCGCAAGGUCGCCGAGACGCCCUCGGUCACGAGCUUCUCGCUCGCGCCCGUCGACGGCGAGCUGCUGCCGCUGCCCCGCUACCUGCCCGGCCAGUACGUCAGCGUGCAGGUGCCAGUCCCGGCGCUGGGCCACCUGCAGAGCCGGCAGUACAGCCUGAGCCGCGCGCCGCGCGAGCAGGGAGACUACUACCGCAUCAGCGUGAAGCGGGAAGAGGGGCUCGAGGCGGGGAUCGCGGGCCUCGUGUCGAACCUGCUGCACGCCAGCUUCGGGCCGGGCGACGAGGUCGAGCUGUCGCACCCGCAGGGCGAGUUCUUCGUGGACCCGCAGGCCGCCAGCAAAGAAGGCGUGCCGGCGGUGCUGAUCUCUGCGUCGUCAGGCGCCACGCCGCUGAUGGCCAUCCUCGACAGCCUUGUGCUGGCGCCGCGGAAAGCACUGCCGCCCGUCAAGAGGCCCGUCUCGUGGGUCCACGCGGCUCGCUCGUCGGCAGAGAUCCUUUUCGCCGACGAGGUGACCCAGAUCGCCCGCGACAACGACAACGUCACGGCGACGUUCUAUUCGCGCCGGCCCGCCCAUGCCGCUGUCAUGGACGCCACCAAGCCCGCCGAGGGUGGUGUUGUCCGCUACCUCGCUGGCGACGCCCGGCUCGACCUCGCCCAGCUCGACAGAGACGCGGAUCUCUUCCUUGCCGACGCCAGGGCCGAUUACUUCAUCUGCGGGCCUGAAACGUUCAUGGUCGAUAUGAGGCGCGCGCUGGUGGCGCUGGGCGUGGACAAGCCGAGGAUAUUCCUCGAGCUGUUCUCCACUGGCGAUGUCGCGGAUGAAUAG